CACAUAGCCUUUGAGUGACAGACACCCUUUGGUCGACAGCCUCUGACAGCAACAGUAAGAACCCCAGGAUUUGUGUGUGUGUGUGUGUGUGGCAGCAGAGAGGACCAUCCUGCCGACAUGAUAGGAAUCAAGAUGGCCAGAAACGGGGUGAUCCAAUCGCUGUGUUUCCUAGCUGGCAUUCUCGCUGUAGCAGGAGCAGCGCCGACCCUCAAUACAAAUUCCCAGCCUGACACUUGUAAGGCCUAUGUCCAAGUGACUGUUGGACAAACUGCUUACUUAGAGUCGCUCAAUGGUGUAAACCCGACUGAUGAGAUGAGAAAAACAGAUGUGGAGAAUAUGACAGAGGUGGUUCUUAACGCCAUAAACACAACAAUCAUCAGCGUGGAGGUCACCAAAUUAGAGGUCUACAACGAUACGACCCUAUCAGUUGAGAUGACGAUAACCGUAGCUUGUAAUGCAGCCGACCCAUGGACUGACCGCCAGGCUCACGUUCAGGAGGUCUUAGAUUCUGUAAAAACCCAAAAACCGGAUUUCCUGUUCAGUUUAGAUGAGGCGAUAAUUUCUGAGACACAGCCUGCCACUGACAAUACUACUACCCCUGCUGGUGAUGGUUCCGGCACUACUACCCCUGCUGGUGGUGGUUCCGGUGCUACCAAUGGCGGUACGACUGCUACAGGAAGAGCGGCCACAACAACUAUUCUUAACGCUGUCACAACGACCACCACACCUGUAAGAACCACUGGUUCAAACGCCGACACAAGUAACCCAUCGGCCGAUUCUGCCACCGCCACCCCGACAGGUACAAAUGAAGUCUCAGCCUCAGAUACCACACCUGCCGGAGAUACAACAACAACAACAAGAACUACAACCACAACUGCUGAGUCUACUGGAAGUACAAAUGAAGUCUCAGCCUCAGAUACCACACCUGCCGGAGAUACAACAACAACAACAAGAACUACAACCACAACUGCUGAGUCUACUGGAAGUACAAAUGAAGUCUCAGCCUCAGAUACCACACCUGCCGGAGGUAUGUCACAUACACCACCGUUUUAAACCACAAUGCAACCAUAUAAACUUCCAUCACUACCACUGACUACCAUAACUUCCAACACUACUGUCACUGGCAACAGUAGGCACUAGAACCAAUAACAUUUGUCUCUAUGUGAUAUUUGCUCAGAAAUAUUUACAAACACAACUACCACCAUUACUAAUGACAACCAUAACUACUAGCACUAUUAACAUUGGCAACUAUAAACACAUUAUCCACAAUCUUUAACACUCGCACCAUAUAUAAUAGAAACCAAUCUCUAUGAAUCCUACACUUGUCACCCAAAUCCAGCCAGUGAACACGUCUACACUAUAACUCACUGUAACCACUUACUGUGCUUACCAUUAAUACCUACAACCGUAACUACCUACCCACUCAUUCAGUUUGUACAGGCAUAGACCAUGCACAAUAUACCGAUACUACUGUAGCUAACACUACCGUCACCUUACCGUCAUACCUGUUAUCACUCGGAGCACUACAAAUUGAUGUACAGGUACUAUCAGUAUAUUGUAUUAUCAAUAUCAUAAGUCACCAAUAAUGUGGGUUACAUCCAGAUUAUUCUUCACCGGUUGAUCUUUUCCCCUAUAUUCACGACCUUUUAUUUACUCUAUAACUUCAGACAAUUAGCAACACUACCAUUACAUGUUUUAGUAAACUUCACAUAAAAGCUUUUUUUGCCCAAAUUCCAUCAUGUGAAGUUUCUAAUUUUAUAAUCUGUUAACUUCGAUACUAGCGCAGUAAUCAUACACUGUAGAGACAUCACACUAGUUGUUUUUCUUGCUGCGCCGGAGUGCCCCAAGGCUCAGCAUAUCUAACUUAACCCCCACUCUUGUUUUACAUUAUUGACCUUAGUUUGGUUACAAUACACAGGAAAACUUAUUUGCUUCUCACAAUAUUAUUGCAAGGUCUGUUUAAUUAUUCUGAUCACACACACACACUGUUAAAAAUAAAUUAUAA